GAUAGAACAAAUAGUGUUACACACACAGAAUUUUUUAUCACCCGAGGACAGCAUGGUCCGAGCAAGAAGGGCAGUAAAAAAGCCUAGAGCAAAGAGGCAACAAGAAUGUGACAGCGAUGAUCCUGAAGCUUAUAAAGAUAAUCCAGAUAAGAAUUCGUCAACAUAUGUGGAGGAUAAAAUUGAUGAAUUCCACAAUGAAAAAAUCUCUAAUCUCUUGGCUCGAGGGGUGCAGGAAGACAGUGAUCAAGAGGAUGGAGAUAAAGCUGAGGAGGUCAUGCCCUUGACAAUUUCUGAAUCAGAGGAUGAUGAAGAAGAGGAAGGGGAAGAGGUGCAGGAAGAGGAUAAUAAAGAGGAGACAGACAUGGAGAGUGACCUGGAAGGAAAGAAAGAUGAUGAUCUUCCAAAUGACAUGGCUUGGGGAGAGAAAAAGAAGAUUUUUUAUAAUUCUGAUUAUGUCACCAAAAAGGGAAAAUCUCUUGAAGAGGUUGAGGCUGAAGACAAAGAAGAGGAAGAGGAGGCCAAAAGCAUUCAAAGAAGAUUGGCAGCCAACCUAAGCGAAGAAGAUUACGAUCUAAACCUGCUUGAGGAGUUUGCAGCAAACACUGAAGUGGAGAAGGACGUUGAAAAAGAGGAAAGGAUUGUGAAAGAUUUGAAGACCAUGUCACAGAAGGAAAAGCUUAAACUGCUGAAGAAAGAAUCACCAGAGUUGUUGGAACUUAUUCAGGACUUCAAAGGAAAGCUUACAGAAUUGAGGGAUGAAGUUCAGCCCCUUGUGGAGAUGGUCAAAGAUGGACGGAUUCCUCCUGGAAAGGGGGCAAAAUACCUUAUUACGAAACAGCAACUUUAUCUAAACUAUUGCACAAAUAUUAGUUUUUAUUUGGUUCUAAAAGCUAAGCGAAUUCCAGCACAUAACCAUCCUGUGAUUGAGAGAUUGCUGACCUACAGAAAUCUGAUAAAUGAAUUAGGAGCAGUAGAUGCUAGACUGGCUCCUCAACUGCGGCAGCUUCUCUUUGGAGAACAGCAAGACAGAACUGCAAGGAGAUCAGCCGGCAGCAAACAUACCAAAGCAUCAGAAGAGGCUAAGUUGGAAGGAGAAGAGAAGUCCGAUUCAGACGAGGAAGCGAAUCUGCGCUUCUACAACGCCAUGGCGGAGAGGCAGAAACUCAAGAGGAAAAAGAUUGAGAUGCAAAACGAGGACGGAUUGGUGGAAGAGGAACAGAUGGAGGGAGAUGCUAAAAGAAGGAUCACCUAUCAGAUGUCCAAGAACAAAGGGCUCACACCCAAGAGGAAGAAGAUUGACCGGAAUCCCAGAGUCAAACACAGAGAGAAGUUCAGACGUGCCCAGAUUCGUCGCAAGGGUCAGGUUCGGGAGGUGCGGCGCGAGGAGACGAGAUACAGUGGAGAAUGGUCUGGUAUUCGUGCUGGAGUUAAGAGGAGUGUCAAAUUCAAGUGAUCAAUCUACAGAUGAUACUCAUCCAAGCUUGAAUGUGAUAUUAAAAUGGACUUUUCUGGUGUUUCUAUUUAUACUCUCUAUCCCAGAUAUCAACAGAUGGAAAUUACAUGCUCAAAAAAUUUAUGAAAUAAAAUCUCAAGUUCAAAAUUG